CACCGGUUAACAUAUCUGUCAGUCAUCAUUCACAAAAUUUUUAAACAUGAUUACGGCGUCAUUAGGUCAAGACAUACAUUUUGAAAAUUUAAAAAAUCUCUUGGAUUCGUGGUCACAAAAAGUAAAUCAAUGGAAAAAAAUUCUAAAAAUAAGAAGUCAAGAAUUAUAUUCGGUGCAAGCAGCUUCGAACUCGGAUUUUAAGCUCAAUACGAUCAAUGUUUACAAGUUUCAACAUCAUCUGCUCAUAGCAGAUAUAGAAUAUUUAUUGGAUGUAUAUACGAAAAUAGAGGAGUCAAUUACAAACAUUGACGAAGAAAUUACUGGAAAUACCGGUCGAAGAGUUUGUUUGGAACUUUAUCGAAAAAAAGCGCAUGACACGUUAAAUAAAAUUAACAGAGCAUCAGGAGAAACAUUAUCGCUUAAUGUUGUUAGUGACAAUUUAUUGAGCUACAUAUCUCUACUAGAAAUGAUCCUUCAACGUACUAUUUUAAUUAAAAAAAGUUUGUCAGCAAUUGAAAAAGUUUGGUUGUAACUAAUAUUUUUAUACCUGUUUUGAACGAGUACAAAUAAAUAAAUAUCCAUGUU